UCUCACUGGAACUAGCUGCCUCGUUGUCCCGUUGUGCACGAGCCUACUAUAUUUCCAAAAUGUUGUCCAACAUCUUCCUCGCUUGUGUCCUGACCACAACAGUGCUGGGUUGUGCAGACCAUUCCAAUCACCUUCUGCAUCCUCAUGCGCGACGAGACCUUCCAAUCCAAGAGAUCGACCCUGGUAGAGAUCAUAACGACUGGACGUAUGAAGUUUCAUCAGAUUGGGGAUACAUCAAUCCCAAAUACUCUCUUUGCCAGAAUGGCACUCAGCAAGCUCCCAUCGGUCUGAGCACUGCUCAGGGUUUCUCCCAGGUCCACAAGCUAACCUUUGGCAACUAUGCUCAAAACGUGUCUGGGAAUUACUUCAACUGGGGAUACGGCCCGGCCUUUACACCCCACUAUGACAAACAGUCGGUGAGCAGUCUUCCCAACAUCACUUUCGACGGGGUCACUGGCUACAUGGUCGGGUGGCACACUCACGCUCCGGGCGAGCAUCCGGUCGACGGGAGACGAGGCAGGGCCGAGAUCCAUUUCGUGCACGCGGACGCGGAGGGCAACUAUGUCGGUGUCCUGGCCAUGCGCAUCAAUCCUUCCGGGAAUACCGACUCCAAGUUUGUCGCCCAAUGGCCAGGGUUCAUCGGCUUCAACGAGACCAGACAAUUGACCAACGUCAGACAAGACUUCGACCAGGCCAUGAGUGAGGUUGGUCACUUUGAAAACUUCUGGACCUACAUGGGUGGCUUGACCGUUCCUCCGUGCAAGGAGGGCAUCCGCUUCUUCAUGGCCGAGCAAAUACUGAACGUCAGCAACACGCAGAUGCAGAGCAUCCUGGGCAUGUCGGCCUACUCGACUCGCAUUGAGCAACCGAUUUGGUUACAGGGUGUCAACCAGUGAUUGAUUGCAAGACGAAGCUGAGAGAGCCGCCGCAUGGGGAACGUAUGUGCAUGUGCAUUAGAGAUUUUUGAAUAAAUAGUCAAGAUACACAAGACUGAAACCGAA